ACGUUACAUGCUUCUCUCUCUCUCUCUCUCUUUCUCUCUCUCUCUCUCUCUCUCUCUCUCUUUCUCUCUCUCUCUCUCUAUAGCAUUGUAGUGUGGUGUGGACCUCUUUGCUUUGCUGUCUUUUGAGUUCCCCAUUGUUGGGCUUUAAUGGGGUUUGUCUCUUUGAGCUUAUUAUAAUAAUAAUAAUAACAAAGAAAAGAAAGGUUUUUCAGUUGGCCUAAUCUUUAACUAAAGAAAAAAUCAACUCUUUCUUCAUUUUUCAAUCCACCCAUUUUCUACAAUACCUUUUCAUCAUCUACAAAAAAUUCAACAUCUUUGUAUCCACUUGCCUUAUUUCUCAUCUUCAUUUCAUGGAUCCAUAGAUCUAUUGCUACUAAUCCCUUGCUCUUAACUUCUCUCUUGUUUCAAGAUCAUUCUUUUAUUCUAUUGGGCUCGUCAAAUCAUUCAACAUAGCUUCAAAUCAAUACUCUAAUUCUUCUUGAAAUCGUCAUUGAGUUUAGUGUUGUAGUUGUUCUUGGUUGGUUGAUAGAUGUGGAAAUUUCUGAAGGUUGUGUAGUGAGAUGAGGGAUGUUAUCAGAGUUGAUGAACUAUUUGACAGUGUGUUUUCGGCCGCGUUUGGAUCGAUAUACACGCAGUGGUUCAGAUGCUGGCGGUAAACAGGAUGGACUUUUGUGGUACAAAGACUCAGGGAGGCACUUGAAUGGUGAGUUUUCGAUGGCUGUGGUCCAAGCCAACAACUUGUUGGAGGACCAGAGCCAUAUUGAAUCGGGUAGUUUGAGCUCCAAUGAUUCUGGACCGUAUGGUACGUUUGUUGGUGUCUAUGAUGGACAUGGAGGGCCUGAGACAUCAAGGUUUAUCAAUGAUCACUUAGUUCACCAUCUCAAGAGGUUUACUGCGGAGCAACAAUCGAUGUCAGUAGAUGUUAUUCGCAAGGCAAUCCAAGCAACAGAAGAUGGAUUUAUGUCUCUUGUUGCUAAACAGUGGUCAAUGAAACCACAAAUUGCAUCUGUUGGAUCAUGCUGUCUUGUUGGUGUAAUUUGUAAUGGAACACUUUAUGUAGCAAAUCUCGGUGAUUCCCGGGCCGUUUUAGGAAGAGCAGUCAAAGCAACCGGGGAGGUUUUAGCUGUGCAAUUGUCAACAGAACACAAUGCAGCAAUAGAGUCUAUAAGACAAGAGCUGCGAUCUUUGCACCCUGACGAUCCAAAAAUCGUUGUUUUGAAGCAUAAUGUAUGGCGCGUGCGGGGCCUAAUACAAAUUUCUAGAUCUAUUGGUGAUGUAUAUCUGAAAAAGGCCGAGUUCAAUAGAGAACCGCUUUAUGCAAAGUUUCGACUUCGUCAGCCGUUCAAGAUGCCAAUAUUGAGCUCAGAACCCUCGAUAUCAGUUCACCAGUUGCAGCCACAUGAUCAGUUUAUUAUAUUUGCAUCUGAUGGACUCUGGGAGCACCUUAGCAAUCAAGAUGCAGUUGAUAUAGUUAAAAAAAAUCCCCGCUCGGGAAUUGCAAGGAGGCUUGUGAAAGCUGCACUUCAAGAAGCAGCAGAGAAGCGAGAAAUGAGAUAUUCAGACCUAAAAAAUAUUGACCGUGGGGUUCGUCGGCAUUUCCACGAUGAUAUUACAGUGAUUGUGGUGUUCAUCGAGUCAAAUCUCGUGAGUAGGGCAAGCAAUGUGAAGUUGACUAGUAUUUCUGUUCGAGGGGGCGGUGUCAACCUUCGUCCUAACACACUAGCACCUUGUAGUGCUACCUGAUAAUAUAAGAUUAAGUUGUAUCUUUAUUUUCAUAUUUGUUGUAUCAUUUUCUUGUGUGAAUAACAGGUAUGUUCAUGUUCAAAAUAGCGACGAGAGAAGCAGCACUUCGAUUCUUUAAAAUUCGAACUGUAAGUUUUAGAAUACUACUAAUACUCAUGUUUAGGUUUUUCUUUCCCCACAAAUUGAAACUACAGAAGAGAUAAUCUGAUGACUAUUAUGAUAGUUACCUUUUGUCCUAGUUGUUGCA